GGUAAACAAGAGUGUAGCGUCAUAUGUGUGGGACGCAGUGUUGCCCGUGGACGGAAGAAUUAAGGUGAAAGAAUGAAGAGAAACAUCUGAGUUCUGAUCAAUUGUUCUAAUACUGUUGAUAGAGCAGAGACCCGAGUACACUUCACGUGACGGCUGACGUCACACAGAGAGUCACCAUGUUGACUGUGAAGUCGUUGCUGAGGUUUGGCAACUUGCAGCUUCCUGUACAAAGAAUGUGUCCUGCUGUGUUCAGUAGGAAGUCACCUUUACCUGGUCACACCUGCUCUGCACCUUGGUCUGCUGGACUAUCUGCAGUCUGCUGUCACAUAUUACCUGUCAGAACGCGGUCAGAAGUUUUGACCAGGUCAGGUCUGAGGACACCAUUACAUGUGUGGACGUCAUCAGGUCUGAGGACACCAUCAGGUGUGUGGACACCAUCAGGUCUGAGGACACUGUCAGGUCCGUGGACAUCAUCAGGUGUGAGGAGGCUCUCAGGUGGUGGUGGUGGUGGCAGUGGUGGUGGUGAUGGUGCAGGAGAGGCAGGAUGGUAUAUCAACCUGUCGGACUCAGCUCCAGUUCACCUGUGUGAGCACUUCCUGGUGAGCAUGCAACAGGUAAAUGGGCUGCCGUGGUGGCUAAGCAUCAUCAUGUCGACGCUCUGUGUCCGGACACUCAUCACUCUGCCACUCGCCGCCUACCAGAUGGUCAUCAUUGCUAAGGUGGAGGCACUGCAGGUGGAGAUCUCAGAGCUGGCCAAGAGGCUUCGCUAUGAAGUUUCUGUCUGCGCACGAGAGAGAGGCUGGCCAGAGAAACAGAGCCGGUUUCAGUUCCAGAAGAAUCUGCGUCGGAUCGUUUCUAAGCUCUACGUCAGAGACAACUGUCACCCCUUCAAAGCCUCUCUGCUAGUCUGGGUUCAACUUCCCCUGUGGAUCAGCCUCUCUCUGGCCCUCAGAAACUUGAGUCUAGACCAGUCUGCACUACAGUCCAAUAUGAAAGCAGGGGGCGUUCUGUGGUUCUCUGACCUCACCUUACCUGACUCCACCUGGAUCCUACCUGUCUGUCUGGGACUCACCAACCUACUCGUGGUAGAGGUAUUUUCUCUGCAGAGAGUCAACCCAUCUCGUGUUCAGAGGUUUGUGACAAACUCCAUCAGAGCGUUCUCCGUGUUGAUGGUUCCCAUCGCUGCUUCAGUCCCGUCUACUAAAAACACAUUCAGACAAGUUCCAUCAGCCCGAGAUCAGAGCUGCUCAGAGUUUCACCACACAAGACUUCAUGGUGACUGCCACCUGAACAAGGAUCGGGUCUAUGGCUCUGUACUGGUUUUCCUCCAGUCUGGUGGGAUUCAGUCACAACCUUCUCCUUCGUUCUCCUGCAAUCCACAGAAUUCUCAAACUGAAAAGUCAGAGAUCUGAGUCUCCGUAUAGAGACCUGCUGUCUGCAUUUGUCUCCAAAUACUGCAAGUAGUGCACACUGAACUGUACAGGACAUGUUCCACAUAUAGAACAGCUUACAGACAGACAGGAAAUGGCUUGUGUUCACCAGAUGAUGAUAUUUAAACAGGUGAAAUAUUGUAUUGAUCGGUUCAUCAAUAAUGAUUAAAACGUGUUGACUCGAUGUGUUACAAUUUGUGUCUGUACACGCAGUUUUAUACAUUAAACCUGAUCCAUCAAGGAAUUCUUCUCUUUCAUUGUAUGAACUGAACUGUGCACAAUAACAGGAAGAAUAAAUGUGACCUCUGACUCUGAA